AUGGACAUCGGCGUGACCCCGAGACGGCACAACCCGGUGGACAGCAUCUGCCGCAAGCUGCAGACCAUCCAGCGGCGUGACAAAGAGGCUAACUCGCCCUUCCAGAUCCCCAAGCUCCAGUCCAGCAGCUACGAUAGCCCCCACACGGGCCUGCGGCACAACCUGGAGGCCAUCCUGAAGAAACGUGGUGUCCGCCCCGAUGGUGACUCUGACCACGAGGCAUCAACAGUCAUGCUGACCCCCACUGGUACCCCUGCAGCCCGCUCCUCUGCCACCCCAAGUGUGCCCAUCACGCCCGUAAACGCCACUUACUCCAUCACUAGCACUCUGGGCACGCUGGCUGAGAGGGGCAGUGUGGCUCCAGGCUACAGUCGACCCUGGCAACGGAGCUGCUCCACACCCGCUGUACAGACCGGGGAUGGUUAUUUCAACUUCACCCCGCGUUAUCCCCCACCCUCACAGCCCCAGGGCACGAGGGAGAAGGCCAGCAUGCCACCCACACAUGGACUGCUCUCCUACAACCUGAACUUUUGCUCUGCAGACACGUCCAACAUUGCUGACAGUGAGCUGGCCUAUCCAGCACUGGUGGUCAAAAGACUCUCGUUGGGAGAUGGUGCUUUGUUCCCAUCUGAAUCCAAAAAAGAGAGUAUGGCCGAGGUUAGCUUGAUCUGUGAAGAAGACCUGCUGGACUCCAUUUUUCAGGCUUGUGACACCCAAUGCAGAGGUAAAGUGUACGUGUCGCACAUCGUGGACUACCUAAGGCACACGACCAGCCGCAGCUCGGAGGACAGCGGCCUGGAGGAACUCUGUAACAUGCUGGAUCCUGAACACAAGGACAUCUCCAUAGACCUGGACACUUACCAUGCCAUUAUGAAGGAGUGGAUCGAAGACUGUCGCAAUCAGGGGAAGGACGGUAAAGAGGACUCGACUCAGGAAUCAUCAAUCAGACUGCGGGACAACCUAUCAGCAAAGAGAUCACUUUUAUUGAAUAUGACCUCAGGCAGCCUGGAGGCGUUUGGAGGGGAGGCGUCCAGAGCUGACUUAGAGACGUCUGAUUUGGUGUUCUGCGUGGCUGACUUGCAGUUUAAUAACCAGAAACUGCAGGAGGAGAUUCGGAAGCUGAAGCAGACUGUGGAGGCGAUGGAGGACACCAACCAAAAACUUAUCGAGGAAAACGAGGAGCUCAAGACUCAGGCCAAAGUGGGGCAGCAGCUGCUGCAGAAGGAGAGGAUGCUGAAAGAGGAAGUGGAGGAGAUGAAGCUGAGUUUAAGCUCUUCAGAGGAGAACAGAGCGCGGGCCUCGGCUCAGACCAAGCAAAUGGAACGAGAGAACCAAGCUCUCAUUACAAAGAUUGCCUCUGUGCAGGAGGAGAACAUCAAAGUCUCUAUGGAGGUGGAUGGGCUUCAAAAGAAGAUGAAGAAACUUUGUGAGCUCAACGCUGACCUGCAGGCCCAGGUCCAUUCGUUUGAUGCUGUGAUGGCUGAGAAGGACAGAGUAAUACAGGAGAAAACCAGGCAGACGGAGGAACUGAAGGCUGCUGUUAUGGAGUACUCAUCGGUGACGGAAUUGCUGAGGGCUGAGAAGAGCAAGCUGGAGAGCCAGAUGCAGCUGAUGCAGCCCGACAUGGCCAUUCCCGGGCUCUCCCUCUCCGUGGCGUACAGGCUGAAUCAGACAAGUUCAGGGUCUCUGGAGACAGAGUUGGCGCUGGCACAGCACAAUCCCCUCGAGGGUGCAGAUCAUUUCUCUUCCUCCAUGUGUUUGGCCUCCCCACUGGAUGAGACGCUGGACCGUGAGGUCCUUCUCCUCCUGCAAGGACCCACGCCUGAGCAGAUGUCUCUGGAGUUCAAAACUUUGAUUAACAGACUGAGGCGGGAGUUUGAAGAGGACACCCUUGCAGUUCUCGCAUCACUUCGAGGCCUAACGAACAGCCAACAGGACAACAGCAGUGGUCUUAAGCUCCAGGGCCUGCAGGUGCAGCUGGAGCAGCGACGGCGCGAGUGGACUCACAGCCUGGAGCAGCUGAAGCAGUACACCGACUCUCUGGAGAAGGAGCUGCUGAAGAUGGCCAGCAACAUGCGCCGCUCCCGUACAGAGAUACUGCACCUGUCUGUCAGGGUGCAGGAGCAGGAGAAUCAGAAACAGCAGUUGCACGAAGAGCUGGAUCAACUGAAGACUCCGCAGGACAGCAGGGAGGCCAGCAGUCAGACGCCAGACAACGUGCAACAGGUUGCGGGGGACCUGGACGGCUCGUCGCUGGAGUGGGACGAGGACUGUGCUCUGCCCACGUCUCCUCUUGGAGAGAAGCCAGCCGCGCUUGGGCUAGACGGAGUGGAGAACGGUCUGAGAGAACCUGUCCCUGAGGAAGAGGAGUUGAAGACCAAGAAAGUAGAAGAGGGCGAUUGUGGAGAAGUUGUGAAGCGAGGAUUGAACCGGGAGCGAGAGACGACGCACGAUUCGGGAGUUGAGACCGAGGAGCUUGGAGGCUCCACCCUGUCCCAGAAGAGUCUACCAGACUGCAUCGCAGACGGGGAAUCAUGUGAAACUCUGCUCAGUGGUGACAGAGAACUCCAGGAACAUGACGAACCUCAACAAGAAGAAGCCAGACUCCCAGAAUGCACUGGGCCUGAGGACACCCACGGGCAGGCUGUCUGUUGCGAUGCGAACGAGUCUGCUUCUCUUUCUCACUCCCACACUCAAUGUGCUGGUGAACCAAAUCUGACGCUUGCGGAAGUCCUUCCCACUCCUCUGGCCCAAGACCAGGUGCCCUCAGCCCAGGACCUGAGCCUGCCCACUGACCUCACUCCCCCAAAGGCCUCGGAGAUGGUACCUCCCACGAGCGAUCAGCCUGGACCAGAUGAAGCCGUUUCUUCUCCUGAGAGGUCCCCACAGCAAACAGCCGUCACUGAGAGAGGACCUGAGGGAGAGCAGGACGCCACGGCCAGCAUGAGCAACUCGCAGAAACUGACACAGGAGCAGCCUUGUGACCUGCCUGCAGCCGUAGACAGGAGGUGUCUGCUGCCCGUAGCAGAGGAAGAGGAAGCAAUGCCAGAAGCGGGUCAGCAGGUGGCCUCGGCUGAGGAGGUCACAGCAGGUGGUAAGGUCAAGGCGGGCAGUGAGGAGCCAGAUACUGCAGCAAAUUCUGACUGCACAGCAGCUGCCGGCCAAGCGAAGGAGCACCCACCUUCAGAUUCCACCAGGGGCAGCCCUCCUCCUUUAAGCUCCAAAAAGGACUCCCUGACUCUCCGAAGCAGGUUCAAGAGAGACCUGGAGAUGUCUCGCAGCAUGGAGGCCAUAGAAGAGCAGAAAGCCCAGGAAGACAGCGAAGCUUCAGUGACCACAGAGAAAGAAGGUGACGUGUCUGUCAUUUCUGAAGAUGCCAGCGAUUCAACCAAAGAUGAUCACAACAGCCUGUCUCAAAGUGACAAAGAGAUCGAGACGGAGUUCCACCGACUGGCUCUGGGCUACAAGUGUGACAUGUUCACUCUGGAGAAGAGGCUUCGGCUGGAGGAGCGCUCACGAGACCUGGCUGAGGAGAACGUCCGCAGGGAAGUGUCCAGCUGCCAGGGUCUCCUUCAGGCUCUGAUCCCCUUGUGUGAGGACGAUAACCAGUCUAUGGAGAUCAUCCAGCGGCUGCAGAAGAACCUGGACAUCCUCAUCCAGUCCAUGACCAGAGUUUCCAGCCGCUCUGAAAUGCUGGGCGCCAUCCACCAGGAGAGUCGCAUGGGGAAAGCGGUGGAGGUGAUGAUUCAGCACGUGGAGAACUUGAGGAGGACGUACACUAAAGAGCACGCUGAGCUGAUGGAGCUCCGAGAGACCCUCAUGCAGAACGAGAGGUCUUUCGGCUCCCACACAGAGAGGGAUGAUUUCAGGAAUAAAAAGCAGCAAAGCUCCCAGUACUACAAGCCGAAUACCCGUCGGGUCAGCAUAGCUGCCAUCCCCCGUGGAGGACCGAUGCAAUUUGAUUUGACCAAAGAUGGAAUGGAGACGGAGGCAGAGAGGUUGUCUCGUAGAUCACCUUGGAACGUGGUGGGGAAGAGUGCUCAGCGGCCCCCACUGAAGCGCUUCAUUAGCUCUGGAGGUUGGGCUGAGACAGAUGGGCCUGCUCUUAUUAAUAGGUACGGGUAUGAGACAGAUUUACCCUCGGAGGAGGAGCACAAGGAGGAGCCGAUGGAGAGGAGGUCCAGCCUAACUGAGCUGGGCAUCAAAAUCACCUCGCUCCUUAUGCCAGCCAAGACUUCAAACAGCCCAAGUCCUACUACAGAACAGGCCACACCUUGCCUGGUUGAGACGCGGCCUGCUGCGGCUACCAGGAGCCCCUGGGCGUGGGUGGCCAUGCUGGUGGUCUUGGCUGGUCUCCUGGCCCUGUUGGCUAGCCUGGUGAUACAGCCAGCUGUGGACGCAGCCCCUGUGGGCACCGGGGACUCCUGGAUGACCAUCCAGCAGCUUCUGUGGCCCUACACGGGGCUCCGGCACAACGGGCAGCCCCCCGUGUGAAAGCGGGGGCAGCCGGUGGCUCGGAACCAUCAGCUCCCCCUAGUGGACCGGAGGCUGGGAGAUCUGUAUUUGAAGGAUAUGGAUUUGAAGCACUUUUAAGUCAACUACAGGAACUGUGUGGAGAAUUGCUGCCAAAGUACUCUACAGAACUAUUCAACUCAGCCUGAGCUCUUUAAUCAUCGGUGGUAAUGACAGAUGUGGGUUCUCAAGAAGCUGCUGACAGCCUGCCUGCUAAUGACAUCACGGUCCCAUGCGGUUGAGCAGAAAUGGGCAUUUAUUGGACACAUUUAUUGGACAUGGCAUAUUAUUUUGCACAUGCUUUCCAGACACCAACUUCACAGCUGUAUCGGCCAAUCAUGUUAUGGAACAGGAUGUGUGCAUUGAGCUGUCUGCACUGAACUCAUGUGCCCUUUAAAGGUUUAUGGACGCAGAAUGACCCUCCCGGAGAAGCUGCCUUUUUAACUUUUCUUUUACGUUCAGGAGGGCAAACUGAUGCUUUUACCGACAGUUGAAGGAGUAACGAGCUGCCGUUUUAAAACGAUCUGUUUGUAAACUGUAACUUAUUAUUUUAAAGUUUUAUUGCUCUAGACUGUGAAUAUCUACAAGCUGUUUUUCUUUUAUUAAUCUUUUGUUUCUCACACAGAUGGUUUCUCUUUUCUUUUUUUUUUUUUUCCCAUGAUGUUCUCGCUUUGGUGUGCACUGUUAUGAGUUCAAACACUUUUGUAUGUUCCAAAGAUGGGGAGAGGAAAAAAUGACACAAUAAAGUGACUGAUCCAGUUGCGAUCACAACUCGCUGCAAAAAGCUAGAUCUGAUGCAACGUGUUGGUUUUCAGAGGUCAGUGCUCCA